UGCCGAGUCCGUUUGGCCCCAACCAAUGCCUAGUCAGAGUAUCAUAUAAACAGUGUCAACAAGCCGGAAAUAGCAGAGUGCUUUUGUACAUUCUUCCCACAUUUUCUUGUGCAUUCCCUGAAUCUUUUUCUUUGCAUUAUUUCAUAUAACACAACAACCCCCUUCUGAUACAAGAAAAAUGACCAAGAUCCUUGUCCUGCUGCUAUGUGUUCUCCUUGGAGCUUCUGAGGUUGUCAACGGUUCUGUUCAUCAGAAGGAAAAAGUUGGGGUAUUUGAGCUGAAGAAAGGUGAUCUUUCUUUGAAGGUCACCAAUUGGGGUGCAUCAAUUGUGUCCCUGGUUCUUCCUGACAAGUAUGGAAUGUUGGGUGAUGUUGUUCUUGGAUACAAUUCAAUUGAAGAUUACAAAAAUGACACAUCAUAUUUUGGAGCCACUGUUGGCCGGAUUGCUAACAGAAUUGGAGGAGCUCAGUUUAAUCUAAAUGGAAUCCAUUACAAAAUAGUAGCUAAUGAAGGAAACAACACACUUCAUGGUGGAUCCAUAGGAUUUAGUGAUGUUGUGUGGAAAGUUAAAAAGUAUCAAAGAGAUGGUGACAGUCCAAGGAUUACCUUCAGUUACCAGAGUUUUGAUGGGGAAGAAGGAUUCCCUGGUGAUCUGCUAGUAACUGUGAGCUACAUUCUAACUGGGAAAAGCCAAUUGGUUAUAAUCAUGAAAGCAAAAGCACUAAACAAGCCUACCCCAGUGAAUCUGGCCAAUCAUGCUUACUGGAACCUAGGAGGUGAAAACAGUGGCAAUGUUCUGAAUGAGGUGGUGCAGAUCUUUGGUUCCAAAAUCACACUUGUUGACAGCAAACUCAUUCCCACAGGAAAAUUUGCCUCUGUGAAAGGAACACCAUAUGAUUUUCUUAAUCCACACGUUGUUGGAAGCAGGAUCAACAACAAAAAGCUAGCUGCAACUAAAGGUUAUGACAUCAAUUAUGUGCUUGAUGGUGAGAAAGGGAAAAAGAUCAAGCUUGCAGCAAAAGUGUUUGAUAAGAAAUCAGGGAGAGAGUUGGUGCUUUACACAAAUGCUCCUGGUGUGCAGUUUUAUACUGGUAACUUCGUUCAGGAUGUGAAGGGGAAAGGUGGGUUUGUGUACCAAGCUCAUGCAGGGUUGUGUUUGGAGACUCAAGCUUUCCCUGAUUCAGUGAAUCACCCUAAUUUCCCUUCAACAAUUGUGACCCCAGAAAAGCCUUACAAGCAUUUGAUGCUUUUUAAGUUUUCACAUAAUAAAGCUCUUUAAGAGCUUAAAGAGAAGUAGAACAAGGAGUUUUCUUUCCCCCAUUUUCAAUUUGCUAGUACCAUGGAAAAUAAGUGUUUCAUAACUCUGGAUUUCAUCUGAACUUGGGUUUAUUGAAAUGAAUAAUUUGUUACUCAUCA